UAUCUCCUAGACAGAGACGUUAAACAAGCUCUAUGUGAACAUAUAUUAUAAAUCAGGGUCAAAGGUAACAAAUGCGACCAAACAGAGAAAAUGACUGCGUUAAUAAAACUUCUGCCCUAAUGUCAUUACAUCGGCAUAUUUUCCUUCGAUGAGCAGUAAAGACCAAUCAAGAACAAGUCCUGCAGGAAAACAAACGCUGCGAUUGGUUGAGACGCACCGUCGGUUUCAAGGCGCCCUGCGUUCUGUCGGGGGAAGCGGGGAUGCGUAUGGAACGGGCGCCUGGAAACCGGUGGAAUCUGCACGGAGAGUGCGGAGAACGAGCCCCUGGACUUCCAACUGCUCUGCAUGUAAGCUGAGGCGCCGCACAGUCAAGACGAAAAAAAAAACCUUGACAGAAAUAUUAGUCUUUUUGUUUGUUAAAGAACUCUUGUUUUGCGCAUAAGUGGCAACAAAAUAACGCCGACAGCACUGGAGUAAUUUGAAUCAACGUUCUUUUGAGGAAACGUGACUUUCAGCGGAAUGGAAGUAAGAGUGGACUACUUGGAGUCACUUACAAAGACCAUGAAGAAGUCAUGACACGACACGAAGAUUUCAUUUGAUAUUUUCUUCAUAAAAGACGGAACAAGGUCGAUCGUUACUAUUUCAAGCUGUAAAAACUGAACAGGGAGUAACGUAUUUGGACAUUUGCUGGAGAUUUCAGUGGAUUUUGAGCCGUUUUUCAACUCGCUUUACUCGGAUCAAAGUUUUUCUUUCCCUCCCCCCUCCUCCUCUACUAUGGCGGCGGCCAGGUCCACCACGGGCUCCGUUCUGCAGCGGAUCAUGUGGCUGUUUUACGGACUCUGCUUCUCAGCAGCUCAACAUUACAACAGUGAAAGUGGAAUAUCCAUCCCAGAACACGGCUUUUGUCAGCCUAUCUCCAUUCCGCUUUGCACCGACAUCGCCUAUAAUCAGACCAUCAUGCCGAAUCUCCUGGGACACACGAACCAAGAGGACGCCGGGCUGGAAGUGCACCAGUUCUAUCCACUGGUCAAGGUUCAGUGCUCAGCGGAUCUAAAGUUCUUCCUCUGCUCAAUGUAUGCGCCUGUUUGCACCGUGUUGGAACAGGCCAUCCCUCCCUGUCGAUCCCUGUGUGAGCGGGCACGACAGGGCUGUGAAGCUCUAAUGAACAAAUUCGGUUUCCAGUGGCCGGAGCGACUUCGCUGCGAGGCUUUCCCGGUCCACGGAGCCGGUGAAAUAUGCGUGGGCCAGAACACAUCCGAACCCGGCAGCCCGUCCUCAUCGUCUUCCCCCUACGCACCAGAGCCAGUGACCCUCCCCCCAAACAAUGGUCGACCGAACCCACGCCCGCCGCCGUACAACCCGCAGCGCCAGUUCUCCUGCCCCCUGCAGCUGGAGGUGCCAGUUUAUUUGGGAUACCGUUUCAUGGGAGUCGAAGACUGUGGGGCACCAUGUGAGCCAAACAAACCUAUGGGCAUCAUGUAUUUCCGAGAAGAUGAGGUGAAAUUUGGUCGUCUCUGGGUUGGUAUCUGGUCCAUCCUGUGCUGUGUGAGCACUUUAUUCACAGUGCUUACCUAUUUGGUGGACAUGAAGCUGUUCAGAUACCCUUAUCGGCCCAUUAUUUUCCUGUCGGGCUGUUACUUUAUGGUGGCUGUGGCAUAUGCUGCUGGAUUUUUCCUGAAAGAUAAAGUUGUGUGUGUUGACAAAUUUAAAGACGAGGGCUUCAGGACUGUGGCUCAGGGGACCAAGAAAGAGGGCUGCACUAUCCUCUUUAUGGUGCUGUACUUUUUUGGUAUGGCCAGCUCCAUCUGGUGGGUGAUUUUGUCCCUGACCUGGUUCCUUAGUGCUGGAAUGAAAUGGGGUCAUGAAGCAAUUGAAGCCAACUCCCAGUACUUCCACCUCGCUGCGUGGGCUGUUCCAGCAAUUAAAACCAUCACCAUCCUUGCUAUGGGUCAGGUGGACGGAGAUGUCCUGACUGGGGUGUGUUUUGUUGGGAGCUUCAAUGUGGCCGCUCUUCGGGGCUUUGUACUAGCGCCACUUUUCGUCUACCUGUUUAUCGGCACGUCUUUCCUCCUGGCUGGAUUUGUCUCUCUGUUCCGCAUCCGCACUAUCAUGAAGCAUGAUGGUACCAAGACAGAGAAGUUGGAGAAGCUCAUGGUUCGAAUUGGUGUGUUCAGUGUCCUCUACACAGUGCCAGCCACUAUAGUAAUCGCCUGUUACUUCUAUGAGCAGGCCUUCAGGGAGCAAUGGGAGCGAACCUGGCACAUGCAGACCUGUAAGCGCUUUGCCGUCCAGUGCCCAGCUCACAACUUUGCCCCCAUGACCCCAGACUUCACCGUGUUCAUGAUCAAAUACCUGAUGACCAUGAUAGUGGGAAUCACCUCUGGUUUCUGGGUCUGGUCUGGAAAGACCCUUCAGUCUUGGCGGAGGUUCUACAAGCGCCUUAGCAAUGGUAAUCAUGGGGAGACAACAGUGUGAGGUGGGAAUAUGAAACGGCACAGAAUCUUAGAGGUUUGAUCUGACAACCACAGAAUUGCUGUCUUUUAAGACAAAAGUGAGAUUUUGGACAUUUGUGACGAGUGGAUUCUGGUCUUUUAAAGUUGAUGCAGUAAGUCUGGUUGUUGGACAGACACACUUUGAUCUGUUUUCAAUAAAAAUUGGAUGAUUUUUCAAUACAUUUCUUUUUUUUACUCCUGGUGUUGUUGUCACCAGACGGCCCACACCUAUGGCUUUUGCAGCUUGUGGAUAAAAAGCUGGUGUUAAAUGACCACGCCGGUCUCUGAACUGUGAUGCCAGACAUGUUAAGUUACAUAGUAUGAAAUUUCCUACAUAUGUUUGAUCAUAACCUUAAAUAUUACACGUUGAAUGUACUUUCUGUCCACUAAGGUUGAUGGGUCUUUAAAUCCCCACAGACUGUGAGGUUUGAUUGGAAAUGCUGGGACCACAUUGUGUAACAUACAGCUAGCCUUCUCUGCAUGUAGCCUCAGACUGAAAUGCUUUAAUACUGUUUCAUAUUGCAGAGUACAAUCUCGUGUUUUAUUUCAAGAAGAAAAAAACACACACCGGCCGUGUCAACAGGUGGCGUGUGGCAGCCCAGAACUUAUAAUAACCAAUUUUAUUUUAUUUUUUUUUCAUUCUUUUUCCUCCACUUUGUAUUUCUGACUGAAUGUUUGCUUCUGCUUUAAAUGUUCACAUUGAAGGUGAAUGAAGUUAUGUAUUGGUUUGCACAGCUUUUAUAAGUGUUACAAAUGACUGAUCCACUAUGAGAUGACCUGACUGUAAGAGACCACACACACACACAGAGAAUCUUUCACUGUCUGUAAUGGAGACUCAACUUCUAAUUGUUUGUCCCAGUGUGUGGUCUCUCAGUGGGAUCCCCUGUCAGAAAGACUUGUUUAAGCUUUUAAAACAUCCAAAGCACAGUUUCAAGGACCUGUUUAAAGUCCUUGGAGUAGAAAUGGUGGCUCAGGAUUAGAAUGUUGUUUCAUCCUGGAUGAGGAUGUUACCCAUGAUACAGCUCUAUUCAUGGCCUAUAGUAGUAUAGUUCUAUAUUUCUUCUAUGUUGUUUCUCUUGAAGUUUUAACGACUGAAUGACUUUUUUCUGUCAACCCUGAAACAAACUUUAACUUUAUUUUGUCCUCCCAGGCAGCGUCUUGUGUGGAGAUAGUGGUUUUAUGCAUUAAGUGGGUGGAGACCACAGCAGACGUCAGUGAAAUACUUACAAAAAAACAUACAUUAAUUGAAAGAAAAAACAAUCAGAACAAUAUUUUUUUUAAAUUACCACCAAGCCUUUUAAUAACACAGCAGCAAAUAUAUGUAUAUAUUCUUAUAAAACAUUUUCAAAGUAUUUUAGGGCAGUGUGUGACUUGAUUCUUUUGUUGCCUAAAUACUUUUAAAAAAAUAAAUUCAACAGAAACCUCAGGUCAUUGAAUCUCAGAAAUGAAUGGAAAUGCAAACUUACAGAACAUUUUGUACUGAGUUUUCCUUCGUAAGGAUGUCACGUUCGUCUAUUACAAGGAAAAAAUACUUAUGCCAAAAGUUUUUGUUUCUCUACAUAUAGUAUGUUAUAUAUCCUGCAGUGUGUUGUGUCCUGCAGCACUGAGGAAAACCUCAAAGACAGUCUGACCUUAAAGACACGGUACUUCAAACCUCUAACACUGUGUCCUGUGUGAUCGUGUACCAGAAAUACUUUGUGCCAACUUCCAGUUUGCUGUCAGAACAGUCUGUGUAAAAGAACUUCACAUUUCCCAUGCCAAUGUGCUACAUACCUCAAACCCCUGGUUAUACAUUACAUGCAGGGCAAAGCACUCCCACAGGAAUCCACCUGUGGUCCAGCGUGCUUCUACCUAACAAGACAAACACACUUUGUGAGCCAAACUCUGCCAACGACAUUAGAUUCACUCGAAUGACUUGUUUGUUUGUUGUUGUUUUUUUCAUUUUCAGAAGGAAUAUGAGUGUGUUUGUGUGUAUGCAACAUACAAAGUGAACACAGGCUGUUUUUCUACAGACAUUGUAUUUAUGGGGUUACUCAUUUUUGUCUUUUUUACUCGUUUUUAUCAAAAUAUGCCUGUUGUACGUGUACAGUUUGAAUAAAGUGUUAAAAUUUGUAA